AUGCCCCAGCAAUCCCCCAAUGACCAAUCCUACCUUUUUGCCGACCAGGCCGAGAGCCUUCUCUACACGCCUCUGUCCUUGUCCUUCUCUUGUGAAGGUCAGCAAUAUGGCUACUAUGCUGAUGUGGACAACGGCUGUCAGGUGUUCCACAUUUGUUGCCCUGAGGAUGAUACCGGCAGUGUGAUUGAGACCGCUCAAUGGUCGUUCAUCUGCGGCAACGGAACCGUGUUUGACCAACAGACCCUGACCUGCAACCACGAACAAGAUGCCUUCCCUUGCAGCGAAGCCGCCUCCCUCUACAACACGGUGGAGUUCGGCAAGAUCCCCGACUACUAAAUGAUUUCCUGUGUGAUUGGAUGUGAAGUGGAAAAAUCAACAGUCAAACAUGCAAAGUUUUGAGUCGUUCAUUCAUCCAUUUGUCAAUCAAAGACUGAUGUCGGAUUGCUUUUGAAGACCCCACUGCUAUUUAAAACAUUGUUUUCAUGCUCAAUAAAAUCUUAAAAAAGAACAAAUAGAGCGUGACAGUAAAAGACUGGCGCAUUCAUGUUUUUGCACAUCUUAUGGUACUUGCUUGGCAACCGUUUAAAGAAAUGCUGAACAAGCGAUCAAAAUAUGCCAAAGAGAGUCAGUAUAAUGAUUGAUUUGGAUAUAAGCUAUUUAUUGAAUAAAGAUCCAUUGUUUGAUGUUA